AUGGCUACAGUUGCUACUACUGCUAUUCCCAACUAUCAAGAUAUUUUGGAUGGCAACAUUCAUAAGAGAGUCCCACUUGACACUUAUGUUUCACAGCUUGAACCCAUCUACAAGUCAAUCCCCACCAAAUCACCAACAGCACCCACACCAACUUCAGCUCCUUAUUCCAUCACACCAAUCAACCCUAAAUUUUAUCCCUUAGUCCACUUGCAAUACUAUGCCAAUGGGUCUUCGGGACAAGAGCAAUACAACAACACCCGUAGAUUAACGUUGGAACAAUUAGGACUUUCAAAUCCACAAAUGCAAAUUUCACCUAUUGGUGUUUCAGACCCAUUCCCUUUGUUCACUGAUGAAGCAAUUGAUAUUAUGCGUAGUGAAUUAUUAGCUAGGGAAAACUUCAUGAAGUAUGCCAGGUAUUGCCACAGCUCAACUAGUGGAAUGGAUUGUGUUGUUAGAGGAUACGUAAAGGAUAAUGAAGGAAAUGUCAAUUGUGAAUUUAUUCAUGACGCUUGGACCCAUCCAGCUACAAUGGAAUUGGUUUCCAAGAUGGCUGGUGUUGAUUUAGAAAUUGUUAUUGAUUUUGAAAUUGCUCAUGCUAAUAUAUCAAUGAAGACUCCUGAGGAAGCUGAUGCCGAGAUUGCCAAACAUGAAGAAGCAAAAGAGGAAGAGCGAGUAAAAGAAAGAAAAGUUUCAACUUCUUCAUCUAGGCAUGGUGAUGAUAUUCGUGCUGUUGUUGGAUGGCAUCAUGAUUCUUACCCAUUUGUAUGUGUGCUUAUGCUCAGUGACACUACAAAUAUGAUUGGUGGUGAGACAUCACUUCGUAUGGGUAAAACUAAAGCGGAAGUAGAGCAAGAAAUUGCCAUAGUUCCAUCUCCUAAACAAGGUUCAGCUUGUGUUUUGCAAGGUAGAUUGAUUGAACACAUUGCACCAGCACCUCAAGGUUUAAGUGAACGUAUCACCAUGGUUACAAGUUUCCGCGCUCGUGAUCCUUCUUUACCCGAUACUAGUGUUUUGGAUACUGUUAAACCUGAAGUUAAUUUUGGGUCCAGAUAUCAUGAAUUUUAUCAACAAUGGGUCAAUUAUCGUUGUGAUUUGGUGAAGCAAAAAUUGGAUUUAAUCAAGCUGGGUGCUAUGGUUGAAGAAGGAGAUUCCGGUAAGAAGGUGUUUGAUAAGAAGAAGAUGGUAGAACAGUUGAAGAGCUUGGAGGAGUAUAUUAAAACUACUUAUGAAGAAAUGCUUUGCUGA